AAGCACGUAUAGGAAUACAACAGGGGGAAGCUCAGCGUGGCUGUAAAGAAGAAGAGCCUAAAAAAAGCUGAGCUGAUCCUCUGAGUGGCCAUUCCUUUGUCCCGCUGCAUAUUUACGGCCUAGUAGUGGGUGGACGAGUGAAGUCACAUGGUGACUUUUCCUUUUUCCCACACAAACACACCCACAUCCUCCUCCAUGCAGCCACUCUUCUUCAACUCUGUGUUUACCCGCAGCGGGCAGUCUGCUGCUCCGUCUGGAUACUGUAGCAGCAGCAGCAGCAGCAUCAAGUUGCGCCCUGAAUGCUUUUCUUUCUCCAUAAUGUAUCCGAACCGGGAAUAAUUGUAUUAUUAUUUUAUUUAACUUUUUAUUCACAUUAUUUUUGGAGCCUCUGUCGGUGAAACGCGACAUCACAUCGUCGGGGAGGCAGCUCACAAACAAACUGAGCGUUUUGUUUCAGGGUGGUCAAACUAUUUCAUUUCCAGGCCAAAGGUAAUCUCCAGGAUCCCUCCACCCCCCACGUCCAGGUAACGCGGCAGCACUCAAAAGAGGAACGAGUGGGAGGCCGUGCAGUGCAGCGACGACAACAUGAGUCUGGUGGAGGUGAGGCAGAUUGCGGGGUCUCUCACCCUGUCCCUGUCCAGCAACGACUCCAAGGAGCGCUACUUCGACCGAGUGGACGAGAGUGACGCAGAGUACCUCCGCAGCAGGAACAUGUCACCAGACCUGAGGCAGGACUUCAACAUGAUGGAGCAGAAGAAGAGGGUUACCCAGAUCCUGCAGAGUCCAGUGUUCAAAGAUGAGUUAGAAGGCCUGAUUCAGGACCAGAUGACAAAGGGUAACAACCCCACAGGUCUCCUGGCUCUGAGACAGAUCGCUGACCUGGUCAUGGCCAGUACCGUGGGAGGGGUUGGCCCCCUGACUUCGCCUAUCAGCCUUGGGAUGGUGACUCCAGUCAAUGACUUGUUUGGCAUCGAGUCUCCCUCCUUUGCUAAAGGGGAGAAACAGAGUCGCUGCAGGCUGGCCAGCCUCUACAGGCUUGUUGACCUGUUCAGCUGGGCUCGUUUUACAAGCUCCUACAUCACUGUGCGUGUCAAUAAAGAACAGGACCAUGUUCUCAUCGGUCCACGAGGUCUGUCUUUUGCUGAAGUGACGGGAGCCAAUUUGGUGAAGGUAAACAUAAUUGGUGAAGUGGUGGACCAAGGUUCUACUGAUCUGGGUAUCGACCACUUUGGGUUUGCUCCACAUGCCGCCAUUUACUCAAUGCGCCCCGACGUGAGAUGUAUCAUCCACAUACAUACCCCUGCUACAGCUGCGGUGUCCGCGAUGAAAUGUGGAAUCCUGCCCAUUUCCCAGGAGGCUUUGCUUCUGGGAGACGUGAGCUGCUUUGGUUACCAUGGCAGCCUGGAAAAUAAAGAGGAGAAGGUGGAGUUUCAGAAAGCUCUGGGACCGACUGCCAAGGUGAUGAUGCUGAGGAACCACGGGCUGCUGGCUUUGGGAGAAACAGUAGAAGAGGCUUUUCAUUACGUGUACCACUCACAGCAAGCCUGUGAAAUCCAGGUGAACGCCCUGAGUUGUUCGGGUGGCGUGGACAACCUUGUGCUCCUGGACAGGGAGAAGUUUAAACCCCUAACCCAGGGAGUGGCUGCUGCCGGGUUGGUGGUGGACAAUGAGGUCAAGUGGAAAGUGGGCGAGGCCGAGUUUGAGUCCCUUAUGAGGAUGCUGGACAACCUGGGAUACAGGACAGGCUACUCUUACAGGAACCCCAUUGUCCGUGAAAAACCACGCUCCAAGAACGACGUGGAGAUCCCCGCCACGGUGUCGGCUGUGCCACCGGAGGACGGUGAGAUAGGUCUGCGAAGCCCGUUCAAGUUCAUGGCACAAAAACAGCAGAGAGAAAGAACCCGGUGGCUCAACUCGCCCAACAGCUACUUGAGGGUCAGCGUUCCUGAACAUUCACCCAGCGGGGAUGUCAGCCCCAGGACCAAGACCAUGUGGAUGAAGUCUUCACAGCCAGGUAACAACAUUGGCACACCAAUAAAGAUUGACGAUCCCAACCAGUUUGUCCCACUCAACACUGAUCCCACUGAGGUUCAGGAUAAGAGGAACCGGAUAAAAGAACAGCACAGAGGAGACCAGAUGACUCCAGGACCAAAAUCUCAGUUACUAGCCGGCAUCGUUGUGGACACCAUCCCUGGACCAGCUUUCAUCAUUGAGGACGAGGAGCACACUCGCUCUCUUCCGCCCAACCCUUUCAAUAAUCUCACGGAGAAGGAGCUGGAGGAGUACAAGAGCACGGUAGAAAGAAAGCAGCAAGGCCAAGAAGAAGACGAUGACGCCACGGAUGCGGAUGAGAUGACGACGUUUGAUGGCUCUACUAUCUCCCUCUCCCUCUCUCCCAUAAUGACGCCAGCUAAACAAGACACAAUUCCUAACGGGAAAGACCACUCGGCAGAGCUGGACGAGGAUCUGAGCGUCGAGGUAUCCAAGCUGAGCAUGAGCACCGCAGAAACGGUGGAAAUCUCCAUCACGUCGAAGGAGGAGACCCCGGAGAGCCAAACCAAGUCCCCCAAGAAGAAGAAAAAGAAGUUCCGCACACCUUCAUUCUUGAAAAAGAGCAAGAAGAAGAAGGAUGAGAAAGAAAAAACGGAAGCUUGAGGCUGUUUGCUGUAAAACAUAAAAAAAAACAUCUGGAUUUUCAGCUUAAUGACGGGACGUGAAAUGAGACGAAUGACUAUCAUUUAGUCAGAACGUCUCUUAGGACUGGGUUGUUUUUACACAUCUUCCCUCAUUCACAGCUAUUAUUUCAUGUGAAUGUUUUUACUAGAUGGUUACUUUUUUUAUUAUUAUUGUUAUUUCUUGUGAGAAUUUGUGAUUGACCACUCCUGAAGGGCUCAGCAACAUGAAGUCAAACGAAAGGUGAAUCCAAAAAAACUGAACAAAAAAAAACUGCAUAAUUAUGGUUGUUAUUGCCCAUAUUUUUAAUGGGGUUUAAACAUGGAUAUCAUAGGUUGUGAGAACAUGAAAACAUCAGAUUACAGUUAUGUAUUUGUGAUUUUCUCUUUAUUUUUUAUUAUUUUCUUUUUGCACAAGUUCAUUGUUGAAUGUAAACUGAAAGCUAAGAAAAUUGUUUUAACAAUUUUAAAACGUAACAAUCACACUAGUAGUGUAACGGUGGCUGGACAUAUAUGACGUUUAGCCUUUAUAAGAAGUAUGAUUUGUAUCUGAACCUAUUCAUAGUUAUAUUAUCUUGUCAUAAUAUAUGUUGCUUUAUAUUAUAGGUAUUACAAUAUAGUGUUUGAUAGUUAAAUAAAUGAUUUGAUAGUCUUUACAUACUAACUCCUAUACUAAACAUGCCGUGAUUAAUAAUUCAUGUUCCUACAUUCAUGUCGGUGGUAUUGUUCCCAUUGGUUGCUGCUUUAUUGUAAUUGUGAAAAGGAAUUGACUGUGACUAACAGAAAGAGCUCAGCAAAGUGAUGAUUCUUGCAUAUCGAUUUAUGGUUUAUGAGUGUGACUUCUACAGAGCUGACGGAAAAUGACUGCUUGUUUGGAUGCUGGUAAUGAAAGUGCCAAGCCUGAAUCACAGAAAGUUGAAUGUGACGGAUGUUUCGACUCCCUUUGUCCCAAACGGUUGAUGGAAGUAAGCGGUAGGAAAAGCCUUCGUCUUCAUAGCCACUGUUCUGUGACAUGUUUGAUAUAAAGUAUAUUAGAGGAUACAUAUAUUUACAUCCCAGUCAAUAAUGUGAAUGAUUUUGACCCAAAGGGAGUGAACUCUUUGCCCUUGUAAAUAUUCUUUCUUGUGAAGUUCCUUUUGUUCGAUGCUAAACCAAAUGUUAAACAUAGAAAUGUGACAGUACAAUCUAAUAAUAUUUUAACACUACUUUUAUCAUGUUUUUUUAUUAUUCAUCUUAAUGCGCAGCGCAUUGUGUUUACAAAUCGUAUUACUUAUGUACUUUGUGUACUUAGUGCUUGUAUUUUCUCUGUUUAUGUUGCUAUUCAUAUCGCCUGUGUGUUUUUUUUGUUUCUCCACGGUGCUUUACAUUUCACUCAAAGUCAGUCCUUUUGAAAAUUGCCUUCCACCUGAUGUAAUAAAAGCUGGCAUAUGUUUCCAUAA